UCAGGAAGUCUCCAGCAUUCAUCGCUACACAUUCCUGACUCAGUCUCUAUUCACGAUAUUUCACUCUUGCUUUCUGGCAUUCAACAUGUAUUACACGGAACGUUUAUACAAGGUGAUAGCCAAAUCCAGCCCACUUCUGUUUCUCUCGUACUAUUUGCUAUUCAUUUACUGCUUGAGCGGACAAAGACUCACAGACACGUGUGAAAAGCUGUUCUACGGACUCUGUCAGUGCAAGUGGUACAACUGUCCUCGUAGUUUCAAGAUGUCUCUCUUGACAAUGAUACAGUUUUGCAGCCGACCUGUUAAUCUCACCGGGGGAGGGAUUUUUACCGCUUCGUUUGAAACAUUUAUGCAUGGUUUGCAGCAGUCAGUAUCUUAUAUUUUACUUCUGAAGCAAUUAACACCAGAGAAAUAGAUACCUGGAUUUAUCAGUCUAUUAAUAUGGUGGGAUUUUUAAAGUAAUAAAGUGAGGAUAUAUGGAAA